AGGCGGCGGAGCGCCGAGUCGCUCGAUGAGCGGGGGCGCUGCAGCAGAGCGGAGCGGUGGCGGGUCUGCGCCCUCGGCCUUCCCCCUCCCACCUUCUUCCUCAGCUUCCCGCUCCCUCCCCCGCCCGCCCUGCGCUGCCAGCAGGGACGGCUGCCGGGAGCUCUUCAGAGACCUCAGGUGGUGAAUACUUAUUCUGUUGGGAAAUACAAGAGUAUUUGUGAGCUGAAAGUAUGCCUCCCAAGUUCAAGCGCCACCUAAAUGAUGAUGAUGUCACUGGGUCUGUGAAAAGUGAGAGGAGAAAUCUUUUGGAAGAUGAUUCAGAUGAAGAAGAAGACUUUUUUCUACGGGGACCAUCUGGACCAAGAUUUGGACCUAGAAAUGAUAAAAUUAAGCAUGUUCAGAAUCAGGUGGAUGAAGUUAUUGAUGUAAUGCAAGAGAACAUUACAAAGGUAAUUGAAAGAGGAGAGAGGCUAGAUGAACUCCAGGACAAAUCAGAAAGCUUAUCCGAUAAUGCAACUGCUUUCAGCAACAGAUCCAAACAGCUUCGAAGGCAAAUGUGGUGGCGUGGAUGCAAAAUAAAAGCCAUCAUGGCUUUGGCUGCAGCCAUCCUUUUGCUAAUGAUUAUCAUUCUUAUAGUUGUGAAAUUCCGUACUUGAUUUGAUGACAGACAUCCUCAUUAAACAAGAUCUGGGACAAUAAUAUUUAAAGAUUGCUGCAUAAUUUAAAUGAAUCCUAUGUAUAUAACUUUCAAAUUUUCUUUUUCAAGAAACUAAAAGGCAAGUACCAAUUCAAAUUGGAGCAUUGAGAAUAUCUAAUUAUCCUCUUUCCAACUAUCAAAAUGUGUUUUGAAUGAUUAUAUUUGAUGCAAAAAUAACUCUAUUUUGCUUUAUUCCAAGGAUCUAAUUUGAAACUAGAUACUUGCCAGUUUGUUAUUUGUAUAUAUAGUUAAAUACUGAUGACAAUACCCCGUACUCGUGUUUUAGUGGCAUUAAAAACACUAUUACAUCAAAGUGAGAGUCAAUCUGGUGAUCAGGAAGCCUGUGUAGAGUCCUGACUGCUGAAAGAGAUGCAUAACCAUCCUAUCAGUAUUUGCAAGAAUGUCAUUCUUUUCAUAUUGCAGUUGCUUUGCAGGCAAUUUCCAUAUUUAUGGAUUAACAAAAGCUAAGCAUUGUAAAUGUUUCUGCCUUCAGCUCUACCUGAAAACAUUCCAGUAAAUCUAUUCUGACUGUAUAAGAAAAUACAUAGUAAUUUUUUGGUAUUUGAAUUUUGAAAAUGGGAAAUUUAAAUAGUGUGAAAAUCAUAAUAUGGUACCAUAAAACUGGAGAUAAUAAAAUUAUUGGAGAAUAUCAUUGGAGUGUUUGAAACCGAGCAAUAUGUAGCUCUCAGUCUUGGUCCAGUUGGUUGUCGGCUAAACUACAAUAAAAAGGGACUAAUUCUGAUUCGAGUAAGUGUAAUCUGCAGGUAAUUAUUUUCUUGACCUAAUUUUUGUUAGUGGUUUUCCCUCUUCGAUUUUAACUAACCCUGUGCCAGAAGUGCUGAAGGUAGCAUGUCAUGUGCUUCUAAUGUAUUCUGGUAUUCUCUGACAUACUUGAGGAGAUAAAUGUUACAAUGUUCAAACAGCCAGUAGCAGUAGCCAACUGUCAGGAGCAUAGGUGGCCUCACACAAUCACUCAGUAACUGAUGCUUAGGAACCACCCUUGACUCCAGCCUGGUCUUACAACAAGAUAUGUUCAUUGUAAAGAGUGCCGGCCUCUUACUAUUGUUUAAACAAGUCAAAGUGAAGAUGCCUCCUGUGUGCAGGGGGAAGACAGACCACAGGAACUUCUUCAUAUGGACAUCUCAAGCUAGAAGUAGAGUUCACAGGGGUGGCUCGUAUUUGGUGGUGGGCGUGGGAGGCAAUGGUCUUAUAUAACAGAUAUUACUUUUUGUGAUCAUUUUAAUUCAAAAUGUGUGAAACAAUUUGGAUUUUUCUUUGUUUCAUUCUACAAUGGUGAAUACUAACAGACAAAAUGUUUAGAAUGGAAAGAAAUUUGAAAAAGUGGAAGCAAGUGAUAUCCUAGAUGAAAUAUAAUGGCUGGAGUUUACAGUUUGUUGCAUACUAUGGAGAAUCAACUCUGACCUUUUCACUCUGCUCAUCAGUUCCUGUGCAUAGCAUCUGAACUGAUGGUACAUCCUUUUGAAAAAGAUGGGUCAAGGAGUGUUCUCAAUCCCAGCAGCUGGUGGGUCAGGCAUGGAGGUGUUUCCUUGAAUCAGCAAAGCUGAUCCCAGUGUGUUUGUCUUAUAACUGUACUCAAAUCAUUAGCUCCACUGCUUGGUGUGGAAGUCUGCUUUCACUCAGUAUCUGUUAGUGAAGAUGAAGUGUUGGGUUUUUUCUUUAAAAGACUCCAAAUUUCCAAUCUUCUUUUAAUAAAGUAUUCCACUUUUAAAGAAACAAUUAUAAACCAUAGAAUUAUAAAAUUAAUUUUAAAACAUUAAGUAUAAAAUUUAUAUUAUUUAACUACUUAUAUAUGUAGUUGUUUGUAUUUAAAGUUAUUGCUUCUGAGGAAGCCCUGUUGGCAUGGGACUGAGGAUUUUACAGCAGUGAUUGCUUCAAUCCCAGUUAAUCGCUUUGUCCUUUUUGAUCUUAUAUAAUCCUGAAACUUAAAAUGACAUUAGUGUGAAAUACUGGAAAUGUGGGUGCUUCUACAAUAAGAAGCUGAGAAGAGCCAGGUAUGAUGGGUCACACCUGUAAUCCCUGCUCUAUGAAUACUGAAUUAGGAAGGUUUUCCUGAUUUUGAAGCCAUCCUGGGCUUCAUGGUGUGUUCUGGACCAGCCUGGGCUAUAGUGUAAGAACCUGUCUCAAAAAAAAAAAAACAAAAAAAAGAAACCAACCAAGCAAACUAAUCAGAAGAGACACAGUUGUCAGAUUGAUGCCAGGCCUGCCUUCAUUCCCUCCUUAAUCAUUCUUUUUCUCAUUCAGCUCAGAUCAUCCUGCACUUGAAAAAAUGAAGUUUUACCACCAUCAAAACUAUCAUUAUUUAACAACAGUGAAGAUCAACAGAAACUUUCAAGUAGCUUUGCUAAUGUUAGUUGAUGCCCAGUGAAAUCAGGUCACCACUGCUGUGCCUGAUGCGUGCCCUUGUGGUUUGUCUGUAACAGAAGCCUCUUCCCUUGCAGCAGUUUGUGAUGAAUGGGUUCCUCCUCCAUCAUAACCCAGUGUUGCUUGUGGUCUUUUGAUUCCUAACAAAACUCAUUGGGAAUUGUCCCAAUAUUUUAUAAACUGGAAAAUUUAUUGAUUAAGAGAAAGGCCAGUAUUGAUGACAGAACAUUGUUUAAAAUGGAGAAACGGUAAUACACAUCAGGUACGGAGGUACCUGUGAUGGUGUUCCUGUAGACUUAUCACUACAGUUUACUACUGGGUUCUGUCUUAGAAAGUAAUGUUGGCGUUUUGAGAGCAGAAACCAGCACCUUUCUGUUCUGUAUGUCAUGUGGGUGCCCUGUAAAUGCGAAUGCACACACAGGGUGAGACUCAUAUGUGACAAGAGCCUGACCUCUGUCCUUGUCACUUAACAUCUGUUCUGUGUCCUGUUGGCACUGUAGCCCAAACAGACUUGUAUUUACAUCUCAUAUAUAUUUUAUGGCUAGAAAAUAUGCAAGAAGUUUUUUUAGUGUUGAAAACAAAUGUCGUUUAGAUGUUCUUAGUUGUAUUGAGUGUUACUAAGUUAGGGACUGGACUACUAAUCAGACUUUGUGUUCUUACAUAGAAAUGUUAUCAGUCAGUUUUACUUUUCUGUGAGUGAUAGUAAGAACAUGAGUCAGUCUAAACAGGUGGGGUGGGGUGGGGUGGGGGCCGUUUGCCAAAUAACAGCAUAAAGACAAUGGCUCAGAAGAAGCAGGAAGGGGCCAUCUUAGUACACGCAAAUGCACCCUCCCUUAGACUGACAGAGUUUGAGUUUAUCUUGUGUUUCUUGGUAUUUUGGUUGGUUGGUUGGUUUGGGUUUGGGUUUUGAUUUUGGGGUUUUUUUUUUUUUGAGACAUGAUCUCACUGUGUGACCCAUACUAGCCUCAGAUGCACAGAGAGCCAUCGGCCUCCUAAGUGCUGGGAUUAGAGGUAUGUGCCACCACACCCUGCAGACUUUUUCUUUUUGAUCAAAGAAUUCCUGGGCUCAAGUGAUCUUUCCAACUUAGCCUUAGAAGUAGCUAAGACUACACGUGGGCACCAGCAUGUGCAGAUGGGCCUUCUCUUUAAGCUUGCUCUUAGUCUCACUUGGAUAUUAAUUUUGAUAUGUCAAGCAGAAUAAGGGUGGAACACACUUUUAUUCUGUCUUGUUUUAUCUUACAAGGCUACUUAGAACAAGUGGGAUGAGAAGAAAAACUGCUAAUCCAGUUGGGAUAAGCUUAUAAAGCAAGGACCACACCAUGUUGUGUCUCUCAGCUACAAGUCCCUGUGUGUGUGGCUGUGCCCCAGAAGUCACACUGUGCUGGUGGUGUCUAAGUGAGGGUUAAUUUCCAGUGUGUGCUGAGGAAACUGGAUUGAAGUAGUCGAACCUAGAGAUAAGGGUUCUUAGGAUUUAGUAUAGAACAAUUCUGGCUUUACAGUGUCGCAUUCGGUUCUUUUCACUGAAAAGAAUAUGAAAUAAAAUCACAUAUUUUAAAGCUGUAAAUUGCCUAUGUCUGAGGAUUUAGUUAAACUGUGAGAGAUCAAUCUAUAAGAAAAUUCAAACAUUGCUUUUAUAUCUUAGUUGUAUGUCAUUAUUUUAGAUCCUAUAAUCCCUAAUUUAACCAUUUCGGCAAGUGCCUUUGACACUUAAGGAGUAUUAUGGGAGAUGAGAAAAUGUAGGUGCCACACCCCAUUUCCUGGCUUCUCAAUUCCUUGUGAUGGUAUAUGUUUUACAGUGCUACAAAGUUCAGUCCUUUGUGUUCAUAUGAUAUUGUAUUGUAGCCUUUCCGUAGUAAACAGCAAAAUAAACUGUUUUGUAGAAAAUAAAAAGUAAGCACUG